AUGUCUUUGUGUCUCAGGAAAAGUCUUCCUGCUGAAAUGAUCUCCAGGAACAAUUUCAGUAUUUGGAGCAUCCUGAAGAAAUGCAUCGGCAUGGAGCUGUCUAAAAUAGCCAUGCCCGUCGUGUUCAAUGAGCCGCUCAGCUUCCUCCAGAGAAUCUCGGAGUAUAUGGAACACACUCACCUCAUCCACAAGGCCUGCAGCUUACCUGACUCCAUGGAACGUAUGCAGGUUGUUGCAGCGUUUGCUGUUUCGGCUGUUGCAUCUCAGUGGGAAAGGACUGGAAAGCCAUUUAACCCUUUACUGGGUGAGACGUUUGAACUCACCAGAGAGGAGGAGGGAUACAGGUUGAUCUCAGAGCAGGUGAGCCAUCACCCCCCUGUCAGUGCCUUCCACGUUCAGUCUCUCCAGCAGGAGUUUGAGUUUCACGGCUCAAUCUACCCAAAACUCAAGUUCUGGGGCAAAAGUGUGGAAGCUGAGCCUAAAGGGACCAUGACGCUGGAGCUAUUAAAGUGA